AUGAGCCGCAACAUCUGCUUGGUCUUUCUCUUUAUUGCUCUUUUCUCUGUAAUCCCUUCAUCAGCCGCCGCCGUUGCUAGUAUUCAAAGAAGAUGGAAUAACACUCCACCCGCCAAUACUCAAUGUUGUCCGAUCGCUGUCUGUCUAUUCCAGCAGGGCAGCAUCUUUGACACUCGUAAACGUCAUAUAGACGUGUUUGAUGGAUUUAUUCAAUUUACGGAAACGUUUAACAACUCAUUAUACGUCAGCGGUUUUCUGGACUUUGAAAACGCUACAACGGAGCAGACGGCUGAUCACCUUGGCUUUGACGUACACGUAACCAAGUGCAACGACUUAAGCUUUAACAAUAUUGAAGGAGGCAUUUCUUUGGACGACAACAACGACAUUUUUGAUCAACCAUUCUUUGAAGUCGUUCACAACAAAACGGUUAGCGAUGUCGUUGAUUUAUGCUGCAUUGUUGCGAAAGAUGUAAGGAACAACAACAGCCAAAACGACGGCCAAAACAACGGCGGCCAAAAUAACGAUGGCCAAAACAACGAUGGCCAGAACAACGAUGGCCAGAACAACGAUGGCCAGAACAACGAUGGUCAGAACAACGACGGUCAGAACAACGAUGGUCAGAACAACCAAAACAACCAAAACAACGGCCACCAGAUUUUGGGCGUUGCAAGAGUGAAACAAGCCGUACAGUGCAAGCCUACCCCCCAGAUUAUUCUAGGCACUGAUUUCAAUUAA